UCCUGUGCAGACUACAAGUGACACUGCACAUAUAUGUACAACGUUGGUGACGCACAGUUUGUUUCUUGACCUGGGCCGUGUGCAGACAUUGGGAGCGAGAAGGGUGCAACACAAAAUAGGGCCGCUUGCAAAGGUAAAUGUCUCCUUUGCCACAGCUCGCCAAAGACACAAUCAAGGUUUUUCCAACAAUAUCAGGUGUUCCUGACAGAAGCACCCACGAGGCGUACAGCACAGCGCUCCUCACGGCAGGACUGACGCCACAACACAACCACCUGCAGCCGCGUAUCGGCAUGACGGAGUCCGUUCCAUUGCGUGUCUGUCUUUUUUUACCCGUGGUCGUGUGAGAAAAAGUUUAAGUUCUGCUGAUCGACAAUUCUAGAUGAAAAAUGGCUUUUAUAGACUCUCAUCCUUGAAGGGCAAACAAGAUGUACUCGCUGUUGGUGUUUAUGGUACUCCUGAGUGGCUUGUGGCUGCAGACGAGAGCUGACAUCGCACAAGACAGGGAGGGACUACGUCAGCAUACAAACACAAGUUUAGCGGACUCAGCUGCAGCUAACUCCACCUCGGACGUGCUGCUGUCUGUGUUCCAGAAGUACGGGACAGGAGACGGCACGAUAGACUUUCAUGGAUUUGAGAAACUCCUGACGAGCCUCGGUCUGGGGAAGGUCAAAAUCAUUGAGGAGGACGAUGAUCUUGAACAUGGGCAUGGGAAACAUGACUACGCAACGCACCUGGACUUGAUAGACCACCACGAUCAGUCAACUGAUGAUCAUAUCGUACGUCAUGAACACAAUCACACUGUGGACCGUACGAUCAAGGGCCAACAUCCUACUGGGGACGACAUAUCUCAGACCCGGAGCCGCGCGCAUGGUCACCCCAGACGUCACCAGCACGGAUCUGAGGAUUCUGAUGAAGACGAACACGGUGCACAUCCUUCAGAUCAACAUAACGACUCAGUUCAGAAGCUCGCUGAUGAUGACCACAGAAGCUCAAAACAGUCCAUCAAUCCAGCCCGGGCUAAGAAAUCCCAACGUUUACGCGUGCGGGAUUCCCGCUCAUUUCUGCCGACCAAAGUUGACUCAGCUGCGCCAGGACUCGUGCGAAGAAAUGUUCCGAAACAAGCGAGAACAAAGCAUGCUGAGACAGGCAAACACUGGCACGAACCGCAUGAAACGGAUGCAAAGUGCCUUUCCCCAAAGGAGAUUCUGAAUGAUUUCUCUGCCCAUACGAUGGCUAUCAGCGAGAGACAGUUCCUGCACAUCUGCCCCGUCCUCAUCACACAGAUUGAUAGCCGUGCCUGUAUCCAACACGGAAACGGCACGCAAGUGGUGCGGACCGAACCUCUGCCUGGUCGCGUCGGCCGUGGGACCGUCUGGGGCUGGGCAUCCCUGGCAAUCACCGUCAUCAGCCUGGUGUCACUAUUGGCUGUUGCCAUGGUACCGCUGACAACGAGAUCAUUCUAUAAAUACCUCAUCACCUUCCUGGUGGCCCUCGCCGUCGGCUGUCUGUCUGGUGAUGCCGUGCUGCACCUCAUUCCUCAUGCUUUAGGUAUCCAUGGUGCCCAUGAUGAGCCUGUGCCGGGUGAGAACGGCCACCAGUCUGAGGGAGAGUCACGUGACGCCGUGUGGAAAGGCUGCGUGGUGCUCGUGGGGAUUUUUUCAUUCUUCAUCAUGGAAAAAGCAAUUGGCGUGGUGACCUCAGCAAGGAAUCAGAUAAAGAGGAAAGAUCGACGACAACUGCAAAAUAACCUGUUCGAAAAUCAGGAAAACUUCGUUGGUUACAAGCUGUCUACUACCUUCAGCGAGGAACCAGAGAUAGAGCUGAGUCUACUGGAUAAAGGGGUCCAAGGCGGCCAAUUCCACAGCCAUGGCGACCAGUCCCACAGCCAUGGCGACCAGUCCCACAGCCAUGGCGACCAGUCCCACAGCCAUGGCGACCAGUCCCACAGCAAUGGCGGCCAGUCCCACAGCCAUGGCGGCCAGUCCCACAGCAAUGGCGGCCAAUUCCACAGCCAUGGCGACCAGUCCCACAGCCAUGGCGGCCAGUCCCACAGCCAUGGCGGCCAGUCCCACAGCCAUGGCGACCAGUCCCACAGCCAUGGCGGCCAGUCCCACAGCCAUGGCGGCCACUCUCACGACAUGAAUAGGAAUGCUGGGAUAGCAUCUGUAGCGUGGAUGGUGAUUAUGGGAGAUGGACUGCACAACUUCGCCGACGGUGUGACUAUUGGCGCUGCCUUUGCCACAAGCCUUACCACAGGACUCAGUACGUCUAUCGCAGUGUUCUGUCAUGAACUCCCCCACGAGUUGGGUGACUUUGCGAUACUCCUGAAAGCUGGGAUGUCCUUUAAACAAGCCAUCACCUACAACCUGGUGUCCGGCAUCAUCAGCUUCGUGGGAAUGGCCGUCGGAGUCGGGAUCGGAAAGUCCAACGAAGUCGGCCCGUGGGUCUUUGCUUUGUCUGCCGGAAUGUUUCUGUACAUCGCCCUUGUUGAUAUGUUACCAGAGCUUCUCCGCGGGUACGCAGAGGACGAAGGUGACUCAUGUAAUUUGAAAAAGACAUCGGACUCUGCGUGUGAGCAUUUCCUUCUCCAAUCGGCAGGCCUGGUAACAGGCGUCGUCAUCAUGCUGCUCAUAGCUGUUUUUGAAGACGACUUGGAGAAGGUGCUGGAACAAUAAGGGGGGAAAUACCAGGUGCAUGGCUUCUACAGACAUACCCAGUCUUUCGUGAAUCACAUGUCUCAAAUAAAAUAAAACCUUUGAUGCGCUAA